AUGGACCCUCCAAAUCUGCCCACCGACUUUGUCACGUUCACCACAGAAUCCCCCCAGUCCUACUCAUACACCCUUCUGGCCCCAAACUCUCUGGCCCUGAAACUGAGCGUGCUCAAGCGGUCGCUCGAGGUUCUUCUUGACCGGCCAGAGCUGCUCUCAAACAUAUCCAUGGAGAACAACGACUACUUUUCUCGGAAAGGCCCGGCUACAGUGCCGCUGCGCAGAACGUCCACCAUGACCCUCAUGGACAACGUUUUUCGCAUGGAGAGACAGGUGUCGCAGUCGUCGAUCAAAUUGCUACCCGCAUCGUCGUUUGAGCCAGAAACACAGGACUCAAUUCCAGCCCCCACCCCUACAAACAUAGACGAGGAACUGCGGAGAAAUUUGAAGGAGAUCAUCAAUAUUCUAGAAAUGAAAGAGAAUCCGUCGCAGAUCAAGCUCGAGAAAGUCGUCGGCCUGCAUACACUGUCGCUCAAUCCAAAAGGGAUCUCCAAAAGCGAGUCAUUGCGCAAGAACCUGCUGUACGCCCUAGCAACGCCAUUCACAGAUAACUCCAACACCCCGGCCCACUCGUACUUGCUGGGCGGCCUGCCAGUGCCGCAGACCAGUCCGUCCACGUUGGGACUCGUGGCGCUGGGAAACAAAUUCAGCUCCAGCAGCCGGCAGUUUCACCUAGCCUCUGGCGGGAAGUCCGCGUCGCCCAAGGCCUAUUUCACGUGCGAAGCAGAAUCGCCUUGGAGCCUCAAAAACGCAAAUGACUUUGCGUGUCUCAUGUUUGGCAUCUCCAAAGCGUCGCUCGCAUCGCUCAGCGUGAUGGACCUCAUUGCUCCUCGCGCACGUGACCUGGUUCUCGAUAGGCUGUGCAACGGCAAAGAACUGGUUUUCUCGGGGGAAAUCAUUGCCAUCAAGCGCAACAACAUGCCGAUAGCCUGGACCUCUCUGUGGGCCAAACGCAAACACGGCCUGAUCAUUCUGAUUUUUGAGCAGGUGCCGUGCGACCACCUAGACUUCAUUGUUGAAUACAGAAACAACGGCUACUACAUAAAGUCGUCCGCAGAUACACACACUUCGCUCUUCCGCAGCGACAGGGAGUUUGUAGGCGCUCCGCUGUCGCGCAUUCUGCCCACUAUGGCUCAUGAGCUCGCCAACGCAACGGACGACACUCACAUGUACCAUUCUGCCACCAUCAAUCGGUCCCGCUACUAUACCCUCAGACUCCCCGAAAACGAGGCUGUUCCGUGCGCCGUGACGUCAGAGCAUCUAGAAGACGGCAUUCUACGCGUGAACUUGCACUCGCUGCCGUAUAUAUCGGGAGCAUUUGUCAUCUCGUCCAAAACACUCAAGGUGGUGUCGUUCAACCACGCCAUAGCCAAGAAUCUCUUUGGGACAUCUGACAUCACGAACAAGUCCAUCGACCUCAUAAUUCCGUCAUUUUCAGAGCUUUUUGAGCUCGCCCUCAAGGAAAACCCAAAUAUAAUGUACCAACUCGGCCUUGUGCUGCCGGAACACUAUUUCCGCAAACAGGACGCAAUAUUGCGGGCUUCGUCGGAGGAGGAGCAGGAUCUGCUAUUUGUCAACUCCAUUGGCAUUGAUGGUCUCCACAGAGAUGGUAGUACCGUCAAGGUCGACGUCCAGCUGCGCGUGAUGGAGUACGAGAACUGCAUGCUAUGGAUAACUUACUCGCGUGCAACCAGCAAGAGACGGUCUAUCUCGCGCCCGAACAGCGUCUGCUCGAGCGAAGAGGAGAGCGAGGACGACGAGGCCAAUGGAGACGAGUCGAUGCCGUCGCAGAUGAGUCUAUUCCAGCAGAUGGAGAACGACCUGCAUUCUUGUGGCAGCUCUUCAGACGGGCUGAGUCGGUCCAGCAGCAUGAACACGAUCUCCAACAAGCCGAUGGAGCGGAUGAACAGCCUGAAGAAGCAGAACGCUGCGUCGGACUCGUCGCUGUCAGCCAUCAGCAAGUCCGUGUCGACUGGCUCGCAGAAAACGACAGAGACGGACAUGGACGACCACGAUGUCCACGACAUCGCCGAGAGUUUGGGGGAGUUCCGGCUGGAGAAUAUUCGCACGGGCCGCGCGCUGCUGGAGCGCGAAAAUGCGCAGAUUGCACGGAUAAGAAAGCAGAGCAAGUACUUCCCGCAGAAAAUAGGGCUUCUUCGUCGCGAGAAAAAAAUCACAGAUUUUACCGUGAUCAAGAACCUUGGACAGGGCGCGUACGGCAAGGUGGUGCUUGCACAGCACAAGAACGAUCCCGCGUACCGGCUGGUGAUCAAGGCGAUUUUCAAAGAGCGGAUUUUGGUCGACACGUGGGUCAGAGACAGAAACCUGGGCACGAUUCCAUCAGAGAUACAGAUUAUGAACUAUAUAAACAGCGACCCGCACCCCAACCUGAUGCGGAUCGUCGAUUUCUUUGAGGACGACCGGUGCUACUAUGUCGAGACGCCGCAGCACGGCGACCCGGCUGCGGUCGACCUUUUCGACUUGAUCGAGGUCAAGUCGGACAUGACCGAGCUGGAGUGCCAGUACAUAUUUUUCCAGUGCUGCUCUGCCAUGGCACAUCUGCAUUCGCACGGCGUCGUCCACCGCGACAUCAAGGACGAGAACAUCAUCGUCGACAAGGACUAUGUGGUCAAGCUGAUCGACUAUGGGUCGGCAGCAUACACCAAGAACGGGCCGUUCGGGGUGUUUGUGGGGACCAUCGACUACGCUGCUCCGGAGGUUCUCAAUGGACAGCCGUACGAGGGCAAGCCACAGGACGUGUGGGCGAUGGGCGUGCUUCUGUACACCCUUGUGUUCAAAGAAAACCCGUUCUGCAACGUUGACGAAAUUAUGGACGGCGGGUUCAAGUUCCCGUCAUUCCAUGAGGUGAGUGAAUCGUGUGUGGACUUGAUUCGCAUGAUAAUGGUCAAGGACGUGGCGAAAAGACCCUCGAUGAACGACAUUCUGAAGCAUCCAUGGCUGUCUGGCUUUAAGUAAGCAAUAAAUGAUCCACGUUGAUGCCUAUUUUGCGCAGGCUGAUCGACUGGAGCUGACUAAUUUUCACGCAAUUUCGGUAGAGCUCCGACUGCUCGCUGUAGUCCAUUAGUUGCCGUCUGAACAGCUUGUUGUACGCGGCGAUUUUCUCGUUCAUCCACCCGACAAAAAUCACCUUUUGUCCCGUCUCUCGGAAACACUGCUCGUACAGCAGAUACGUGUUUUUGAUGAAGGUGAAGUAGAUUAGAGACAUCUGCAGAAUGUAUUUUUUCACGUCACCUUCGAACUUGAGCUGGCUCACCAGCUUGUCCAGCUGGUUGCUCUUUGACUCCAGCACCAGAUCUCGCGCCUUUUCUUCCAUGUGAAUCAUCUGAAAAAGAUCUACCGUCUCCAUGAUCUCUCUGCUCGAGCUCAGCGGGUUGCCGAUCUCCCAAGACAGUAGCUUCACCAGCCUCUCCUUGAGGUUCUCCCAUUUGAGCUUUUUCAGCUUGAGGAGCAGCGCAAACUGUUCGUCGGGACUCUGGUUCUGAAGCCUGUCGAUCUGGUCGCUCACACGGGUCAGGAAGCCAACGGCUUCCACGUAUUUGUGGUGUCCGAGAUACAGCUCUAUGUUCAUAAGUCCUUCGUCGACGGUAUUCAGGUUCUGUGUCGAGUUCUUGUCGUUCAAGUCCAACGACCGCGACCUUCGGUGGUUCAGCUUUGUAGUCAGGUCGUGGAGGUAGUCGGAGUUCUUGCUGAGUCUUUCGUGCGUCAUGGAAAGCCUGCUCACGCUUUCCGUCAAAUCCUUCUGUUUGGCCUUCUCCAGCUCCGUUGCGCUGGGAAGCUCGUCCUUUGCAGCUCGUAAAUGCGACACAAUCUUAUUGUACUCGUUCAGACUGUCGGUCUGAAAAAGAAACACCAUACCGUUGAUCUUCAGCGACAGCGUGUGCUCUCCCGCGUUGGCAGCCUUGGAGAUCACCAGGUCUCGUAGGGGCCAGCAUUGUGUGGCCACUGUCUUCUUUCUGUCUCCCGUGCGCUUGCGCGUGGCCACCAGCAAAUGAUCGUUCAGAAUGAUCAGAUGAGCCGGGCGAAUCGGCUUGCAGGUGAUGGCGUUGAGCUCGCCCCAGCGUCUCGACUCUGCCACCACGUGACGGCCCGGGAUCGCAGACACAAACUUCUGCGCACCUUCCACCUCCUUGAACAGCGAGUUGAGGUUUGAGGCCCACUUCUUCUCCAGCAACAGCACACUACGUCUAUUGUCUUUGUUGCUGCCGUUGUCCAUUUUUUCCUGCGCUUCCUCAGCUUGCGAGCUCAAAAUCUCGUUGAGUUUCAUUGCAGGACCUUUCAGCUCCUCCAAUACCCCCUCUGCUUCGACCAUGGUGCGAGAAACUGUGAGCACCUGAUUAAAUGACUGGGUGAUGGUAUGUUUGACGUCGCCGUCGUUGGAUGACGCAAGAUCGCUCAGGUCGCGCGCAAACUGGUCGAUCUUUGUGGCGUUCGCGUCUUUGAGAUACCCCUGCACAUACGGCACUGCGUCGAACGACUCGGCGGACAGAUCAGUCAGUAGUGCACUCGAGUCCAGUGCUGUUUGCUGGCGAGUUUCACUCACAGCAGCCUCUGCUCCUUCAGGAAGUGGUGGAAAUUGCGAGAGUGCAGCCUUCUGAACCGUCUGGGUCUCCUGUGGGUUCAGCUUCACGGAAAACCGCCUAUUGACACCACUAUUGUCGAUCUUGUGCGGCCGUCUCUGUUUCGGUGGCUGCUUCUGUACGGGAGCAGAGUGUUCAGAAUCAGCAUUCUCUAUAAUCGGAGCCGAGAUCUUUGCCGGAGUGAACGUCUUUUUGGCGUUCUUGGUGGACCAAUUGGC